AUCAAUCGAUCCAUCUGGUUUUAUCAGUUGGUUGUGUUGCAGCGAUUGUGAUAUUACUGGUUGAGAAUCUACAUAAUAUUACAUAAUACAAGUAAAUACACGGAAAUGUUAAAAAAAUGCGGUCUGCUUCUGACUUUCUUCGCUAUAUCAAGAGCACAGCUACCAACAUCAGAAUCUCUAGACAAGACUUUGGACAUGUAUGAGCAUCAUGUCAACGUGUCUCUAGACCUUGAGAAGCAAGACUAUGAUAAGAUCAAGGCCUGGAGCGAAGACUUCCAGGUCAAGAUGGUGGACAUCACCACGAGGUUCCGGAUGGCCAUGAUCAAGCACCAGCGGCAUUACUUCAAACCGCGAGCAGCGAAUGAGAGAUGGAUGUAUUGUCUGGACCAACAACGGAACAGAACAACGAAAUCCGAACAAGUGUACUAUUUGAAGGAAAACAUGUGCCUCAAACAAGCCAGCUCUUCUGAUGAGCAGAAGAGAGAUGCCAUAUCUCAAGUUGGAAGAGAAAUUCGGAAAUGGAGGAGAAGCUACAGAUAUUUAAAUAAUUUAUGUUAUACGAACAAUCCUGAUAACAUUGAAAAAGCAGGUGUUUGUUUUAUACAAUAUAUGGAAAGAGACAGAUACAUCUACGCGUUCCAAAGACUGAUCAACCUCCGCAUAGUCCUUGUCGACGAAUUAUAUAAAUCCAUGCAAAUUACACUGGAUAAUUUGGAACGAUGCUUAAAUACACAGUUUUCAAAAUAUUUGGAAAGAGUCAGGAAUACUAUGGAGGUGCUGAAUAGUUGCUAUGGUGUGGAUGGCGUUGGAAUAUCAGGGUUCAAGGAUAAAAAUAAAUAAGUUAAAAUAAAAAUAAAGGUUUUUAUUUAAUGCUGAUUUAAAAUCGUUUUGUACAAAAAUAAUACCUGGUUUAAGAUCUAAAAAAGCAAUAUUGCAAAUUGACAUUUGCGCAUAUAAAACUAAGUGCGCAAUGCAAUCAAAUGUCAAAUUGCAAUAUUGCUUUCUUAGAUGAAUUGCUCCAAAGUGUCCAUUUUAACCCCCCACUUAUUUUUAUUAGUUAGUCAAAUCAUAAUUAGCGCGGGACUUCUUUUGUGGCGCGAAUUAUAUUUCAAACCUGGUAUUAUUGUUCGUUUUGUAAUAAGCCAAAUAUAGUUUUCAUCUGGCUAUUACCUCGGAAGAAAUUCACUAUUACCCUGGGCAAGAGGGGAGCGUCGAUGGGUCUAUAACACUGAAUAGAAUGAUGACAUAGAAUUUCGCACGGUUUAUACCGAAACAGUCAUAAACGUAAGUAAAAAAAAACAGCACAAUAAUUAUAUUAAACCUUUUUAUUUAAUUUCGUUGUUAAAUAAUACUUUAAGGUAUAAAAAUAUAAUAAUACUUAUUUACAAAA